AUGCAUAUGAACAAGAGAAUCGGUCGGCUCAAACAAUGGGCCGGGGAGCGCAUGGGCGGAGAGGCCAAAACAUGCCAAUCCGACAACUUCAAGGCCAUGGAGACAGAAAUGGGCGUGCGACAUGAAGGCGUUGACCGCAUUCAUAAGUCCAUGACCUCCUAUGUCAAAGCUAUCUCCAAGCGUAACGAGGGGGACGAUAAGGAAAAGACUCUCCCGAUUGCCCACUUGGGAAGCAGCAUGGUCACCCACGGCGAGGACUUCGACGUGAACUCGGAAUACGGACAGUGCCUGAUCAUGUUUGGGCGCACGGAAGAGCGCAUCGCGCGCAUCCAAGAGAACUACAUCACACAGGCGACUUCGAGCUGGCUCGAAUCCCUGGAGCGAUCUCUCACCCAAAUGAAAGACUACCAGCAAGCCCGAAAGAAGCUUGACAGUCGACGGCUCGCAUACGAUACGUCUCUCUCGAAGAUGGAAAAAGCUAAGAAAGAAGACUUCCGUGUCGAGGAAGAGCUACGCUCCCAGAAGGUCAAGUACGAGGAAGCAAACGACGACGUGCUUCGUCGCAUGCAAGACGUCAAAGACGCCGAAACAGACAACGUGAUGGACAUGGGAGCGUUCUUAGACGCUCAACUUGAGUAUCACGAACGAUCUCGUGAGGCACUCCUACAGCUCAAGAGGGAGUGGGCCGGUUCCAGCCAAGGACAAGCCCCUAGCCGUCGUCCCAUCCGUGCUCGUUCCAAUACUGCCCACUCCUACCUGGAUCGAAAUGACCCGCUGCAAGAAGAGUUGAUGAAUGCCACUGAGACGCGCCCUCCUCUGCGAACGAACAAGACUGUCGCGGCAUACGGCACCGAGUCACCCCCCAGGGAGACUUACUCCCGCCCUGUCUUGAGCCGGGUUCCUACCUUCGAAAGCCCUGCUCAACUCCGGCAAGAACAAAGCCCAGCGGCCUCACAGUGGGUCCAGCAGCGCACCGCUAGCGAGAACCUGGCGGGUUUCGGCCGUCGCAGCAGUACCCAAGUUGGCAAUGGUCGAGUCUCUGCUGAUCCAUACGCCGACUCGGAAGAAGUUAGCUCGUAUGGUCGAUCCAGCCCCGAGCGGAUGUUUUCCGGUGGCAGGUCCAUCUCCCCAGCCACAUCUCAUGGCAGCGUGGCAUCCCGACAACCCAGUGCAUCUAAUUUGAAUACUCUCGGCUUGAAGAAGGCCCCUCCCCCACCUCCACCCUCGCGUGCGAAGAAGCCACCUCCCCCUCCUCCCCCCAUGAAGCGGACCUUGCUCGCUGCACCAAAUGCAUGA